AUGACCGACUAUCCCCUUGACAUCGUGAACGAUCCUCUAGCAUGGUUUUCUGUAGAUGGGGAUGACAAAACUAGCGAAGGAAUCGCCGGUGAGCUUUCGUUCAACCAAAUCGCGAAUCCCCUUUCCAUGUCUGUGGACAUCCCCCUUCAUGAUACAAACGGCACAGAUGGUCUUUCAUACUCUGCGAAGUGGGCCUCUUGUGCUGCACUGAGUGUCAGUCAGAGUGGUCUGGCGCUUAACCGAUACGAUAUCGCUGAAACAUCCCCGAUCUACCCGCAAGGAAUGUUGCAUACACCGGCUCUCUCCUACGGAUCCUUUCACGGUAUAGCCAAUGGGAACAGUGAUUCCGUCCGCAUACCGCUCCAGUUCUCUUCACGACAAGUUCCCAGGGAUGAGUGUACUGAACAAUACUGGAGUAGCGAUCUUAGUAUGAUUCUCUCAGAUAAUCAAGAAACUACUGCCAGGUCUUCGCAAAUGUUACAGCUCAGGGAUAACGGCUCAAACCUUUCAAAGGCUUCUUCAAUGGUCAAACAUCGGAAGUCAUCCCGGUAUGCUCCCCAUUAUGCGAAAGUGACUAAGGCUGUUCCAUCGCAAAAGAAAACCAUCGAGAGCUUUAAUUACGAGAUAGCGGAGCCUAUCUCAUACUGCAGUCUCGAACUCUUCGCGAUAUGGGUGGAAGAGUAUCAUUGGCUCGACGGGGACACGAACCGAGAGACCUCUAGCCAGAGGCCUGCACUGCGUCUGCUGGCGAAACAAUGUUUCUACGCUCCGAAGCUUGACCACGUGUCGUAUACCCACAUCGGGCUAGAUAUAUAUCAUGCUGUAUUGCUCCGACGUGUAUUGUCGUUUAGCUGUUCUGACGAUGUAACUCCACUAUCCGAAAGUGGCGAUUUCUGUCUGCCUGAUAGAGCACAACAAAGGAGGUUUCUUAGCGAACUCAGCGAGAAUCAACAAGACCUCUCAUCGGUCAGCAAUUUCUUCCGGACCGUGUUAUCAUUCGAUUCACCUACCCCGACAGGCCCGACUAUAUCAAGUAAGAAUGAAACUUCUACAUUGGGCGCGAAGCCCUUAGCUAUCGAUGAAUCUGAAUUCCAGCUCAUAAGUUACUGUACCCUCGAAAAACUCAGCCUGUACAUAGGCCUCACUUGGCAUCGCUCUCUCAUAGGAAACCAGGAGAGUAUAUUGGAGGAUCUACGAGAACCCGGGUCGAGGCAACGUUAUUGCGACAUCAAGUUCGGUCCAUUUGAGGCGUGGGCAAGGGCUGAAGCGGGUAUCUGGAUCGACAGACCUCCCGUCAUUUGCGGCAAAUGCUUCAAGGCAUAUGGCAAAUUCUAUGCGGUGAAUACCAUUAACAGUGGUAAUGGUUGUCGUUGCCCCAUUUCCAUCCGGCGAAGGGAAAGAAGGGAACGGAAUCAGGCUGCCUUCCCUGUAACGGGAAGCCAAAUGUAG